UUUGUAUUGAUUCACAGAUUUAAAAAGUGUGCACCAUGACUACGAAUGUGUAUGGUGGUGAUGAAGUCGGCGCGAUUGUGUUCGAUGUUGGAAGUUAUAGUUUAAGAUCCGGUUAUGCUGGUGAGGAUUCACCAAAGGCUGAAAUACCGUCGUAUAUCGCAACUUACCUUGACGAAGGUGACAAAGAGAAUGGAGGUGUUGAAACAAUGGAAACAGAGGAUUCUUCGAACAUAUCGAAGAGUAGUCGACGUAAAUAUCUUGUGGAUUCUUGUGGGAUCCACGUUCCGAAACCAGAUGCCGAAAUUGUGACUUACAUGAAAGACGGUUUAAUUGAUAACUGGGACCUUUUCGAAAAGAUUCUCGACCACGCCUACGCUCAGUAUCUACAAACAGAGUCACGUUAUCAUCCGGUCCUGUUUUCCGAAGCACCAUGGAACAACGACAGAUCCAAACGAGAAAAGCUGAUAGAAUUGGCUUUUGAAAAAUACGAUGCCCCUGCAUUUUAUCUCGUCAAGAGUGCCGUUUUGUCAGCCUUUGCCAAUGGCCGUUCAACCGGGUUGGUUUUGGACAGCGGUGCUACAACGACUUCCGCCGUUCCGGUUCAUGAUGGAUAUGUCUUGCAAAAUUCUAUCGUUCGAAUACCUUUGGCUGGAGAUUUUAUCACGUCGCAGUGCAAGAAAAUGUUGGAAGAGCAGCAGGUUGAAAUCAUCCCCUCUUACAUGAUCGGCAGCAAGGAGGCCGUGAAAGACAAUGAUACACCAAAGUGGUCCAAGAAACCGAGAUUGCCAGUUGUUGGCCAGUCGUAUCAUGAGUACAUGGUGAAGGAGGUGCUGCAAGAUUUCCAAUCUGCUGUAGUGCAAGUUUCAGAUGGACUGUACGAUCCAGAUGUGGUUGCCACGAUGCCAAUGGUUCAUUAUGAAUUCCCUAAUGGGUACAACAAGGAUUUUGGUGGGGAGCGGUUUCGGAUUGCGGAGCCUCUUUUCGACACCAGUGCGUUGACAGGGUUGGAAGCGGCAAUGGGUUCAAUGGGUGUCGCGCAAACAGUGUCAAUGAGUGCGAAUAUGUGCGACGUCGAUUUGAAGCCAACACUGUACAACAACGUCAUCGUCACAGGGGGAAACACUUUGCUGCAGGGAUUUGUGGAACGAUUGAAUCGGGAUCUUUCAGCAAAAACACCACCGAGCAUGAGAUUGAAAGUGGUGGCAGCAAGCGGGCCGUCUGAACGACGUUUUAGCUCCUGGAUCGGUGGCUCAAUUCUUGCAUCUCUCGGAAAUUUCCAACAAAUGUGGAUCUCGAAGCAGGAGUAUGAUGAGGGCGGGAAAUCGCAAGUGGAGAAGAAAUGUCCGUGAAGAACUUGAAUCUUUUUCAUCUACUUACUGAGUGUACUUUUUUUUUAUAAGACAACUUCAUUUUGUUUCAGUUGUGGAUGUUCAUGAAUAAAAUGUUUGCUGGUAAUCUAA